CGAGAUUAAUUCAGUUGCUAAUUGAAACACAAUCAGGGAAAAAAUUCAAACGGGAAAAUGAAAAGAACAAAAGGAGUAUAUUACCUUCACAAAAGAGAGUAUCGGACAAAGGGGCGGAUGCACAAGAAAUAACGAAUCACAAUUUUGGAUGAGGAUGAAAAUGGGAGAAAAUUGAGGUUUUGGAUGUGGACGAAAAUGGGUGAAGUGCAAUUGGUUUGUGUAAAUCCUUUCCGCCUCGGACUCGAUUCUUUCCCAUCUUUUUGCUCUAAUUGUUUUUCCUCCUAAUAAAGCUCUGUGGUGAUCUUUGCUCUCGUCCCCUUCUCCGGCCGUCCAAACUCAUGGCCGUGUUGUGCUGCUAUUUUUCUUUUAAAUUUCACAGCGUAGAAGUUCAAGUGGGUAGGUAGUACCUACAUGGGUUUUCUGCAUUUUCUGAACAAGCUUCGAUCUUUUCUCUUGGCAUUCAAUCGGUUUCAAGAUUCAACCUUUUUUCCGAUUCUUGGAUAACCAUUUGGUUACUGUCACAGAUUUGCAAAUUGCGCCGUAAAAGGGGCUUGAAGACUGUGUUUAUUAGAGGAGGGUCUGGUGGUUCUGUUAAUUCCGGGCAUUCCGGGCCUAGCGCAAAUAUUCAUGGCUCCGGUAGUGGUGAAUACGUUGAUUUUGAGAGCGAUUCCGGGGUUAAAUGAAAUCAGAAAGGCUUUAUUAGGAACUGUUGCUGAGCAAGUCAUGCUUCUGGAGAAUAUAGGGACAUCUGUUCUUGUUUCUGGAAAUCAGCUCCCUGAACUUCAUGCAUUGAUGGUAGAGGCUGCCAGUAUACUGAACAUUGACACGCCCGACUUAUAUUUGCGCCAAAGUCCUGUGUCUAAUGCAUAUACUUUGGCUAUCAGUGGGAAAAAGCCAUUUGUUGUCGUUCAUACAAGCUUAGUGGAGCUUUUGUCAAGAAAGGAAUUGCAGGUACUAAACCUUACUUCUGGUAGUGCUUGAGUUGUACUUUAACCUUUACUUGUUGUAUCACAUACAAGCUGUUUUGGCACAUGAAUUGGGUCAUCUGAAGUGUGACCACGGUUUAUGGCUCACGUACGCUAAUAUUCUUACUCUUGGAGCAUAUUCUAUACCCGGUAAGAUCUUGUUUUUCGUUGGUCGGCCUGAGUCAGUUCUACAAUUAUGGUUGGGGGUUGUUUAGUGUUUGUUCUAUUAGACAACAAAUAUCGU